GAAGUAGUUGGAGGGUCUUGGCGCUGCAUGCUUUUAAUGACUUAUCAGCGAACAAACCUAUUCACGGCUGUUUUUAAUCGCGUCUCCUAUUUAUUAUAACAUUUUUUUUAGAUUAGCGGAAUAUUAGCAAAGUUUUGUGCACAUUUGCAAUAGAAACACAGCUAUUGACUGUCUGUCAGAACCCAGUCUUCUUGGUUCUGUAGCUUCCCAUUUCCCCCACAGCUGCGGUCCAUUAGUAAUCAUCUACCUGUUUUGCAUUCCAGUAAUUAACGUUCCCAGCCUCUCUGUUCGUUCCCUUGUCAGGCCCUGCCUCUUACUUCAAGCAUCUCCAGAACUUGCCGAUGUAAUAAUCACCCAUGGUUCUGAGUUUUCUGUGGAUUUGUUGCUGCUGCGCUUUAACUCACACUGCCCGCAGAGGAACUCUACAUCCUGAUUGGGAUUUUUCCAACCACUGGGGAAGAAACAAGAUGAAACAGAUUAAAGGCACAGCUGAGAGAGGAUCAGAGGUAUCUAUGAAGAUACUCAGAACAGCAGCAAGUCAUGAAUAAACCAUUGGGCAGCAAGGCAUGGGAAGAAAAUUGAAACGAGGACUCGGAUAUCUACAGAGCCAAGAUGAUGUGCGAAGUGAUGCCCACCAUCAGCGAGGACACGGCGCUGAGCCAGCGCGGCUCGCAGAGCAGCGCCUCGGAUCCGGACUCCCACUUCGAGCAGCUGAUGGUCAACAUGCUGGACGAAAGGGACCGACUCCUGGAUACGCUGAGGGAGACCCAGGAGAGCCUGGGACUGGCUCAGCAGCAUCUGCAGGACGUGAUCUACGACCGAGACUCCCUGCAGCGCCAGCUCAGCUCCGCCCUGCCACAGGAGUUUGCUGCUCUGACCAAGGAGCUGAACGCCUGCAGGGAGCAGCUGCUGGAGAAGGAGGAGGAGAUCUCUGAGCUCAAAGCUGAGAGGAACAACACCAGGUUACUUCUGGAACAUCUGGAAUGCCUGGUGUCCAGACACGAGCGGUCACUCCGAAUGACGGUGGUCAAGCGGCAAGCUCAGUCCCCCUCAGGGGUCUCCAGUGAGGUUGAAGUCCUCAAAGCACUUAAGUCCCUAUUUGAACACCACAAAGCACUCGAUGAGAAGGUCAGAGAGAGACUCCGAGUGUCACUGGAGAGAGUCUCUGCCUUGGAGGAGGAGCUCACAGCAGCCAAUCAGGAGAUUGUGGCCUUACGAGAGCAAAACGCUCACCUUCAGAGGAAAGUCGCGUCCGGUGAAGGAGGCGAUGACCUACUGGAGGGCAGCGAAGCGCAUCAAAAGCUUCACGGCAAGCGUCUGUCGAACGGCUCUCUGGAGUCGGCCCGCGAGGCGAGCCAGGUGGUGGAGCUGCAGGAUCUGCUGGAGAAGCAGAACUACGAGCUGGCCCAGAUGAAGGAGCGCAUGUCCUCUCUGUCCUCCAGGGUGUCCGAGGUGGAGCAGGAGCUGGAGACGGCCCGCAAAGACCUCAUCAAGUCAGAGGAGAUGAACAACAAGUACCAGAGAGACAUCAAAGAAGUCAUGUGCCAGAAGGAGGACAUGGAGGAACGCAUCGUCACGCUGGAGAAACGCUACCUGAGCGCGCAGCGAGAAGCCACGUCUGUGCACGACAUCAACGACAAGCUGGAGAAUGAGUUGGCCAACAAAGAAGCAUUCCUUAGACAGAUGGAGGAGAAGAACCGGCAGCUGCAGGAGAGGCUGGAGCUGGCCGAGCAGAAGCUGCAGCAGACCAUGAGGAAGGCGGAGACGCUGCCGGAGGUGGAGGCAGAACUUGCCCAGAGGAUAGCCGCCCUCACCAAGGCAGAGGAGCGUCACGGGAGCAUCGAGGAGCGAAUGAGGCACUUGGAGUGCCAGUUGGAGGAGAAAAACCAGGAGCUGCUCAGGGCACGACAAAGAGAAAAGAUGAACGAAGAGCACAACAAGCGACUUUCGGACACGGUGGAUCGACUCCUCACCGAGUCCAACGAGCGGCUCCAGCUUCACCUGAAGGAGCGAAUGGCAGCUCUGGAGGAGAAGAACAUGUUGAUCCAGGACUCGGAUGGAUACAGAAAACAGUAUGAAGAGUCUAUACAUGAAAAAUCUCAGCUGGCAGAGGAGAUCGAGAAGCUGAGAUCGGAGCUCGACCAGUACAGACUGAGGGCAGGCUCCCUCACAGAACCCACACUGUCUCGGUCUCAUCUCGACGCAUCGGCUGAGCUUCGCUUCUCGUUGGGAUCUCUGGCGGAAACCCAGUCGGACCAUUACCGCUCAGCCAAAGUCAUCCGCCGGCCGAGAAGGGGGCGAGUGGGUCUACGGGAAACAAAGGCCAAAUCGCUUGGCGAGCACGAAUGGCGCUCGCAGCAGCUCGGCGUUCUGGGAGGCCCCCACUUCGAGAGCGACACCGAGAUGUCGGACAUCGACGACGACGACAGGGAGACGCUGUUCAGCUCCAUGGACCUUCUCUCCCCCAGCGGCCACUCCGAUGCACAAACUCUGGCCAUGAUGCUCCAAGAGCAGCUGGACGCCAUCAACAAGGAGAUACGGCUGAUCCAGGAGGAGAAGGAGUCAACGGAGCUGCGAGCGGAGGAGAUUGAGAACCGGGUGGCCAGCGUCAGCCUGGAAGGCCUUAACCUGGCCCGUAUGCACCACCAUGGAGCCUCCAUCACUGCCUCAGCCACAGCCUCCUCCCUGGCCUCCUCUUCCCCACCCAGCGGCCACUCCACCCCUAAACUGGACCCUAGAAGCCCGGCACGGGACAUGGAGCGCAUGGGAGUGAUGACUCUGCCCAGUGAUUUGAGGAAACACAGGAGAAAGAUAGCAGCCGUGGAGGAGGAUGGCCGGGAGGACAAGGCCACCAUCAAAUGCGAGACGUCGCCUCCUCCGACGCCGCGCACCGUACGAAUGACGCACACACUGCCAGCCUCCUCGCACAACGAUGCACGAGGGAUUGUGGCUUCUCUGGAGGCUGAAGCCAGUGCCCUAAGUAGCGUAGCCAGCAGCCAAGACUCCCUGCACAAACAGCCGAAGAAGAAAGGGAUCAAAUCCUCCAUCGGGCGCUUGUUCGGCAAAAAGGAAAAGGGCCGACUGGCACAUCUAGCACACAGACAGGUCAUGGUAGAUCCACAAGCCACAAUGAUGGACCUAGACGCGUCGGGCCAGGACAUGGGAGUGGGCAAGCUGGGAACUCAGGCUGAGAAGGACCGCAGAUUGAAAAAGAACGGGCACGAGCUUUUGGAGGAGGCGAGGAGGAAAGGAUUACCGUUUGCGCAGUGGGACGGCCCCACAGUUGUAGCCUGGCUGGAGUUGUGGUUGGGAAUGCCAGCCUGGUACGUGGCGGCGUGCCGUGCCAACGUGAAGAGCGGCGCCAUCAUGUCGGCGCUUUCCGACACCGAGAUCCAGAGGGAGAUCGGAAUCAGCAACCCGCUGCACAGGCUCAAACUUCGCCUGGCCAUCCAGGAGAUGGUCUCCCUCACCAGCCCCUCGGCCCCGCCCACCACCAGAACCCCGUCAGGCAACGUAUGGGUGACCCAUGAGGAGAUGGAGACCCUGGCAGCUCCUUCCAAAACGAAGUCAGAUUCUGAAGAGGGGAGCUGGGCGCAGACCCUGGCUUAUGGAGACAUGAACCAUGAGUGGAUAGGAAACGAGUGGCUGCCCAGUCUCGGACUACCUCAGUACCGCAGCUACUUCAUGGAGUGCCUGGUGGACGCCCGCAUGUUGGACCACCUCACCAAGAAGGACCUGAGGGUGCACCUCAAAAUGGUGGACAGCUUCCACAGAACAAGUUUACAGUAUGGAAUCAUGUGUCUGAAGAAGCUCAAUUACGACAGGAAGGAGCUGGAGAGACGCAGGGAGCAAAGCCACCAUGAAAUAAGAGAUGUGCUGGUGUGGAGUAACGAGCGGGUCAUCCGCUGGGUGCAGAGUAUAGGCCUGCGGGACUACGCCAACAUCCUGCUGGAGAGCGGCGUGCAUGGCGCUCUGGUUGCCCUUGACGACAACUUUGACUACAGCAGCCUGGCUCUGCUUCUCCAGAUCCCCACCCAAAACACUCAGGCACGUCAGAUUUUGGAGCGAGAGUACAAUAACCUGCUGGCUCUGGGCACCGACAGGAGACUGGACGAGUGCGACGACAAAGACUUCCGGGGUCCGUCCUGGCGGAGACAGUUUCCUCCGCGGGACGUCCACGGCAUCAGCAUGAUGCCUGGGUCGGCAGAAACUCUUCCAGCUGGGUUCCGGCUCAUUGCGACCUCGGGUCAUUCCAGAAGACUGCCCCCUGAUGUACUCUUUGAGGUGCUGGAUGACAGUCCUGACGACAUGUAUUUGGACUGGUUUCAAGUCGGACCGUCUGCGGUGCAGCGGCUGGACAGCUCAACGCUACAGUUCUGAACCAAGAGGCCGAUCCGCCGACAAACAAUCCCAUGACACGCACUGCCAAGAAGCCCUGCUCUCCUCUCGGACCCCGUCCUCCAUGACUGGUGACGCCGGUGCUAAACUGUCCUGCAGGAUGCCUCGUCACCAUUUCUACCUUUUACAUGUAAAGUAACUUGUCAGAGCAUAAUGUACUGUGUAUUUCUUCUACAGGGGACGUGUAGGUUAUCUGUAAAUUCUUAUAAAUAUGCCAUUUUUAUUAUAUACACAAAACAUCUAUGUAUUAAAAAAAGGGUUUGUGCAAAAAAGAAAAGAAAUGUCCCUGCCACCUCAUUUAGUGGACCAUAGAUGAAUAUAUGCUGCUCUUUAAACUCUCCAUUAGACCCUCGUUCCUCUAGAUCAUUUUGUACAUAUGGUUUUAUUUUUUCAUUGUGCUAAUGGAAAUUUACGACUAACCUGUUCUGGAACAUAGAAGGGAAGAAACUCGAUGUUGUGCCAAGCUGCCCUCUAGUGGUGGGCUACUCUAACAACACGGGACGGAGGAUUCGUCGGCUCACUGGAACAACAGAAGCACCUUCAUACAUCUGCAUCAACUCAGACUAUUUAGAAGCCAAGGACAAAACAAGACGCUCUCUGAAGGUGCACAACUUCAACUCAGAGAGCAGAACAGCAUCCCAGACGUCGCGUGUUACUGUAUGUUUCGUCAGGCAGCACAUCAACACACUUACAGCCGAGCUGGCCUUUCUACCCCGCCCCUCCUGUUAACAGAACAGAUGAUAUAACUGGAAGACAGACUGCUUUAGCUCAUAGUGUGUGUAGAGUGUUUAUGACCAUGUUGAAGUGAGGUGACUUAACGAUUAAAAGAUAAAAAACC